AUGUCUAACCAGUCAGUUGAUGGUUUUCAGGGUUCUCAACCCUUUAUAACAGAUAAUGAAUACAAGAGUUUAUCUUUGGAUCAAUUAAGAUAUAUAUUAAACCAGAAGAAACAAGGAACUAAGGAUAAUUAUAAGGAACUAAGUGAAAAAGAAAAAUUAAUUAGAGAUAUAAGAAGACUUGAUAAGCUUAAUGAAAAAGUAAAAAAAGGAAUAGAUAUAAAAAAGAAAUAUAAAAAGAAACUCGCAGCCAAAAAGAAAAAGAUAAAAACAUUUGAUGAGUAUUUUGAGGAAUGUAUAAAAAAUAAAAAGAUCCCUAAAGAUACUCCUAGGCCUCCUUAUUUACGUGAAGCUCUUGAGCGCGCUUUGCAUGAAUAUGACCAAGGACUUGAAAAAGAAAAAUCAGCUCUUGAAGGUUUUGCCAAUAAGUAUAUUAUUCAAGGUAUUCCUGGUCUUACUCCACGGCAGUUUUACGAAAGAAUAAAUAAAACUUUAAGAGAUUUUUUUACCUAUCAUCGAAAUAUAAAAUUAAACAUGAUAUUGGUUUGUAUUAUGGAAAAACAAUAUCUUAAACAAAAUAUUGGUAUUAUAGAAUUAGAAGAAGGUAAAGCUUACUUUUUUUGA